GACCGUGAGUUACAGAGAAUGGUCCGACAAAUUCGAAUAUAUAUCGACAAUCCUGUUGCGACGUAUUACGGAGGCUACACCGUAACGGGAAGAGUAGUCGUCAGAAUAGACGAAGAGGAAAAAAUUCGCGAUAUUUCUGCAAAAUUCAGAGGUGAAGCCAAUGUGAGGUGGACUGAACAAGUGAGAAGAAAUGGUGAAACCAAGAGUGUUACAUUUUCAGCAUAUGAAAAGUACUUUGAAACAAAAUAUUACUUUGUUGGAGGUCCUUCUCAGGAGCUCACACUUCCACCAGGAGAGCAUGUGUAUAAUUUUUCUGUCAAACUCCCAGAAAAUUUGCCAUCAUCAUUUGAAGGCACAUAUGGUCGUAUUCGUUACACAAUCAAAGCAAAAAUGAACCGGCCAUGGGCAUUUGAUGAAAAAGUCAAAGCUUUCUACACUGUGAUAUCACACCUAGAUCUGAAUAAGGAUCCUUUGGUCAAGGAACCUGUAUUGCAAGUCACUGAGAAAACUCUGUGCUGCUGCUGUUGCCGUUCUGGCCCUUUGACAUUAGUUGCUAACAUUCCAGCUACAGGAUUUGUCUCUGGUCAAGAGAUACCUAUUACCGUAGAGGUUGAUAAUGCAACUGAGGAAACAAUAAGUGCUGUUACAUGCUCCCUGAAGAAGGUAUUGUACAGUAACAGAAGAUCCUCUACAUCUCCUCAGGAUUUCUUUAGUACAAAAUUUUUCCCUCAGAGAACAACACAAGCUGAAAAUACAUGGAAGUUGAGUGAAAAGUGCAACAAAAUAAUAUUCCAAAUGAGUAACUUGUCUAUUCCAUUAUUUACUGUUCCUCUUUCAUGUGUAUAUCCUGUAAACAUUGUUCAUAAUUUCUCGAAAAUUGAUAUUUAUUAUCUUUUGCUGAAUCAUCAUAAGGAGGACAAGUGCGUGGAUGGUCCAGUGGAAGUGGACAGACCAGUGGAACAAUACGCUGUCAUGUUAAUGGAAGCCACCAAAGUCGUCACUGCCAAAAGCAGUAUAUCCCAUUCAGCAUAUUAUGUCCUUUUACUUAUCCUUUCGGCUUGCUAUGCAGUGUGUCCCGGCAGGAAUGGUUCAGUUUACAGUUCAUUUCACAUUGAUUCUGUCUGUUUAUUCAUUCAUUUAUUCUUCAAGUUCCAUUGUGAAAUGAAUAUUACACAACCAUAUUCAUAUUUAUCAUUACAAGAAGUUAAUUUUGUGUUUACACAGUCAGAUAUCAGUGAUAGCGCAUUAGGCCAAGCAGUGGUGUUGCAAUGUGGAGCACAGCCACCAAAUUCAUUCUUGCUUUUUGUUCUUUCUGAGCAUUUCUCCAUUCCUGACUUCUCCUUCAAAAACCUUGCUAUACCUAUGACUGCUUUUUCAUUACCAUCCAUUAUAACACAGUCACAACACAAUGAUGGUCAGAUAAUCAUAACAGACAUCCUUGUGAUGGACACAUCUCACAUUAAACUGGGGAAAGAAAAAGCACUGCUUAAUUAUAUCAAUAUGUUUUUGCAAAGGAUAAUAAGUUCUAAUAUAAGGGAAAAAUAUGUCACUAAAAUGCAAAGAGCUGAAUUCUUGACUUACUUAGAGCAUAAUGUAUGUUUCACAUCCCAUACACCUCGUAAGAAAACAAAGAUAGUAAGAGACAAAAUUGAGACCAUCACAUAUGAACCUGUGGGCCCAAAUACAUCUAAAACUUGGACUAAAAAUUUGAAAAUUCCAAGUUUGCCUCCAUCCAAUUUGAAUAACUGCAAUAUCAUUGAUCUUGAUUACUUUUUACAUGUCAAAGCAGUUAUCAAUGGGCCCCACACAAACUUACAUGUAAACAUCCCAAUAAAAUUAGGAACAAUUCCACUGUUAAGCUACAUACCACCUGAAUUAUCCAAACAGCUAUUGGACUCCACCCUUCAUACUCCUCAGCUUCCUCCUUUGAAAGAUGCUCCUGAAAAAUUUCCACAUCCAUCCAUAACUUUGGCACCAUAUCCACAACCGCAUACACAAUACCCUACUGCACCAUAUUCCUCAAAUAUUGCAGAUAUCAUGGCACCCAGCACAAGUCAGCAGGAUAUUACAAAUGGACUGCCAAAUCAGUUGAACAUAAUUCCAUCUGCACCACCCCUUCCAUACCCAGAAGUUCGUAAGUAUUCUCAUAUUGUCUUGCUUCUGCCUAUAUUUAAUCUGUAUGAUUGUGGGGUACAGAUGAUAAAACAAGUUACUAGAAGAUAG